AGCUGACUCUGCGGUGGGUGGUGCAAGCGGACUGGUAUCUAUUUCGAACAGUUACCAACCCGAUAGUGAAAAUAAUCGGCAGAAAGCUGUUGGAGUGUUAGUAUUGUUCAGGCACUGAUAAUCAUUUACACCACAACAUGGCAGAGACGGACCCUAAGUCGGUGCAGGACCUCACCAAUGUGGUCCAGACACUGCUGCAACAGAUGCAAGACAAAUUUCAGACCAUGUCAGACCAGAUCAUCGGGAGGAUUGAUGAGAUGAGCACGCGCAUUGAUGACUUGGAGAAGAACAUUGCCGACCUGAUGACCCAGGCUGGUGUUGAAGAGAUUGAGGCGGCACCGGAAAAGGCUAAAGAGGGUCAAGGCUCAUAAUGAAGGUUCCUAAGAAACAUGGUGUGAAGUCGGUCCUUUAUUCAGGAGCAGCAGACUUUUCCAUUCUGAAAAUGACUUCUAUUGAUUUGGUGUGUCGUUGUGUGAAAUGCUUUUUUAUAUAUUGAAUAUUGUGAUAAACGGUUACAGUUAUGUAAUGACUUGAAAAGUUGAACGUUAUUUGUAAGCUAGAAUAGUGUGAUAUGCCCUUCAGAACUGUAAGUGCUCGUGCGAAAAUGCAACUUAUGGAUUUUUGUGCGCCGACCCGGAGGUUAUCUCGCUGCCAUCAUAUUGCAUAAUUAAUUAAAUCCCAUGCGGUGAUGGCUGAUGGGGACAGUUUGGCCACAGCCUGUGCUGAGAAGUACAACCCGCAGGCUUACAGGCCAGUAGAACCUCCAUCCCUACCAACACGGGAAACGGGCACAGUGAGAAGCCUGUAGUGAUUUACGAGUAGCACUGUUACUACCAAGGUGUGGGAUGCAUUCCAAUUUCAACUGAUUUUCUUCUAUUAAAGCUAUUUAAUACAA